CAAUGCAUUCUGGGAUAGCAAUGGCGACCCCCUCGGCUGUAAAUAGUUGCGUUCGGUUUACGAAUAUACAGUAAAACAAAUGUGUUUAUUGGUAAUAGCCACGUGCGUUUGAAUAUUCUUACGUAUUUACUUGCUUACUUAUUUUCUUACUUACGUAAGAUGAUCUUAGCUCUUUUAAAGUGAGAGUUUUUUUAGAAUUCCGAAAUCACGUAGAACUGCUUGCCGCGUUGCCCUGUCAGGAUCGUGAGCUAACCUGCUAACAAACGCCAUUCUUUGAGAUAAUGAGUGACGAUGAGUCUAUGCACCGACUGGAAGGGAGUGAUCCCACUGCUCAGUUUGGCGGACUAAUUGUCAAGAAGAAGACCGCUGCUGUAGAAAACCAUGUUUUUCGGGCACCUACCCCGCGAACCUCUCUACUGGGUUUGGAUCUGCUGGCGGCUCAGAAAAGGAAAGAACGAGAGAUUAAAGAACAGAAUGAUGGUGAGGACAGAGACAGAAAAAAAUCAAAAGUGUCUUCCUACAAAGACUGGGAGGAAGGUAAAAGUGAUUCUGGGUCAGAUGAUGAAGAUGAUGAAAAGAACAGACAGGAUAAAAAAGAGAGUAGGAAGUACCGUAUGAGUGGCUCAGAGACACCUUCCAGUCCUGGAGGAGUCAGUGAUGAGUUCCGUCGCCGGCACCAGCAGAGAGAGAAAGACAGACGUGAGCAUGGCGUCUUCGUCUCCUCCAAAGAAGACAGGAACAGAGACAAAGACAGGGAUAAGGGCAGAGAUCGGCGCAGUGAAAGAGAUACACGAGAAGGAAACUCUAGUAGCCGCUCACACCGCAGCGAGAGGAGUGAGCGCUCACAGAGAGAUGGCUGGUCAGACCGCAUCAGCCGGGGGAGCAGGAGGGAUGAACCCCAGUCACCACAGCAACGCCCCAGGGAUGGUUCCACACCUUCCCGCUCAAACUGGGAAGAGGAUGACAGUGGUUAUGCCAGUUCACGACAUUCCCAAUGGGAGUCGCCUUCUCCUGCUCCUUCUGCAAGAGAUUCCGACCGCUCAGAGCGGAGUCGCCUGGUUGGCCGAGAGAGUGAAAGAAGAGAUCGGUCAGUGAGAGGCCGUUAUCCUGACGACACACCCCUGCCCACUCCGUCUUACAAGUACAACGAGUGGGCCAAUGACAGGAAGCAUUUAGGCUCCACCCCCCGUUUAUCUCAAGGGAAAGGUAAAAAAGACGGUGAGGGUGGAAUAUCAUUUGAAAAUGAGGGUGAGAAAGAACAAUGGGAAGAAGAUCAAAAGCAAGCUGACAGAGACUGGUACAUGAUGGAUGAAGGUUAUGAUGAGUUCCACAACCCCUUUACUUCCACAUCUGAUGAGUAUAUCAAGAAGAGAGAGCAGAUCCUUCAGAAACAGACUCAGAAACGUAUAUCUGCCCAGAAGCGUCAAAUCAACGAGGACAAUGAGCGAUGGGAGACCAAUCGUAUGUUGACAAGUGGUGUAGUGCAGAGGUUGGAGGUGGAUGAAGACUUUGAGGAGGACAAUGCAGCAAAGGUUCACCUGCUGGUUCACAACUUGGUCCCUCCUUUCUUAGAUGGGAGAAUAGUGUUCACUAAACAGCCAGAGCCGGUCAUCCCUGUGAAAGAUGCUACCUCUGACAUGGCCAUCAUCUCCCGCAAGGGUAGUCAGCUUGUUCGUAAACAUCGUGAACAGAAAGAACGUAAAAAGGCACAACACAAACACUGGGAACUGGCAGGCACCAAGUUGGGUGACAUCAUGGGUAUCAAGAAGACUGAGGACGAUGGUGGAGGUCAAGAGGUUGGCGAGGACGGCAAAGUAGAUUAUAAAGCAGAGCAGAAGUUUGCAGAUCACAUGAAAGAGAAGAGUGAGGCCAGCAGUGAGUUUGCUAAGAAGAAAAGCAUUGUGGAGCAGAGGCAGUACUUGCCUAUUUUUGCUGUCAGGCAGCAGCUUCUUAACAUCAUACGGGACAACAGUAUAGUAAUUGUUGUUGGUGAAACGGGCAGUGGGAAAACCACUCAGCUGACCCAGUACCUCCAUGAGGAUGGCUACACCAGCUACGGCAUGGUGGGCUGUACGCAGCCUCGCAGAGUGGCCGCCAUGAGUGUGGCAAAGAGAGUCAGUGAGGAGAUCGGCACCAACUUGGGAGAGGAGGUGGGCUAUGCAAUUCGUUUUGAGGACUGCACGUGUGAGAAAACAAUGAUAAAGUACAUGACAGAUGGUAUUCUACUGAGAGAGUCACUGAGGGAAUCUGACCUGGACCAUUACAGUGCCGUUAUCAUGGAUGAAGCUCAUGAGCGCUCCCUGAAUACCGAUGUACUAUUUGGUCUGCUCCGUGAGGUUGUAUCACGGCGCACCGAUUUGAAACUCAUUGUUACUUCCGCCACAAUGGACUCUGACAAAUUUGCAGCAUUUUUUGGCAAUGUACCUAUAUUCCACAUUCCAGGAAGAACAUUCCCUGUUGACAUAUUAUUUAGCAAGACUCCUCAGGAGGACUAUGUGGAGGCAGCAGUGAAACAGGCCCUGCAGAUCCACCUCAGUGGGUUGAUAGGCGACAUCCUCAUCUUUAUGCCUGGUCAGGAAGAUAUCGAGGUGACAUCAGAUCAGAUUGUGGAGCGAUUGGAGGAUUUGGAGAAUGCUCCUGCUCUGGCUGUACUGCCCAUUUACUCCCAGCUACCGUCUGACCUCCAGGCCAAAAUCUUCCAGAAGGCCCCAGAUGGUGUUCGAAAAUGUAUUGUUGCAACCAACAUAGCUGAGACUUCCCUCACUGUAGAUGGGAUUAUGUUCGUUGUGGAUGCGGGAUACUGCAAACUUAAGGUGUUCAAUCCUCGCAUUGGAAUGGAUGCACUACAAGUAUAUCCCAUUAGUCAAGCGAAUGCAAACCAGCGUGCUGGCAGAGCAGGUCGUACAGGACCAGGGCAGUGUUACAGGCUCUACACUCAGAGCGCCUAUAAGAAUGAGAUGCUGACCACCACCAUACCAGAGAUACAGAGGACCAACUUGGCCAACGUAGUCCUGCUGUUGAAGUCACUGGGCGUUCAGGAUUUGCUUCUCUUCCACUUCAUGGACCCGCCCCCAGAAGACAACAUGCUUAACUCCAUGUAUCAGCUCUGGAUCCUGGGAGCUCUUGAUAACACUGGUUCCUUAACACCAACUGGCCGAAUGAUGGUGGAAUUCCCCCUUGACCCGGCGCUGUCCAAGAUGCUGAUUGUAUCUUGCGACAUGGGCUGCAGCGCAGACAUCCUCAUCAUCGUUUCCAUGCUGUCUGUGCCAGCCAUCUUCUACAGACCAAAGGGUCGUGAAGAAGAGAGUGACCAGGUUAGGGAGAAGUUCUCUGUGCCAGAGAGUGACCACCUGACAUACCUCAAUGUCUACAUGCAGUGGAAAAACAACAAUUAUUCCAGCAUCUGGUGCAACGAUCACUUCAUUCACACAAAGGCCAUGCGCAAGGUACGUGAAGUGCGCUCCCAGUUAAAAGACAUCAUGGUGCAGCAGAGGAUGAACCUAAUAUCCUGUGGUUCAGACUGGGACAUCAUCAGGAAGUGCAUCUGUGCUGCUUACUUCCACCAGGCUGCCAAGCUCAAGGGCAUUGGUGAAUAUGUUAAUGUGAGGACAGGCAUGCCAUGUCACCUACAUCCAACCAGCUCCCUCUUUGGUAUGGGCUACACGCCCGACUACAUCAUUUAUCACGAGCUUGUGAUGACCACCAAGGAAUACAUGCAGUGUGUGACUGCAGUGGAUGGAGAGUGGCUCGCAGAGCUUGGACCUAUGUUCUAUAGCAUCAAACAUGCUGGAAGAAGCAGACAAGAAAACCGUCGACGCGCCAAGGAGGAGAUAACCAACAUGGAGGAAGAGAUGGCGUUGGCUCAGGAGCAGCUACGAAGCCGUCGAGAUGAGCAGGAGAGGAAGAACUGCGGCAAUGUGAAGUCUGUGAGAAUCUGCACCCCAGGAAGACGAGAAGAGGCCCCCAUGACACCUCGACGCACCCCUUCCCGCUUUGGACUGUAAAAGCAGCUACCACAGGUCUUCUUCCCAACUCACCAUCACAGAUACAAGCACACGUGUGGUUAAUCACAUGCAGUUCAUGAUCAGGCCACUAGGGAGAGAACUUGUAUAAGACAAGGCUAUCAGCUUCUUCGGUGCAUGGAUAAACAGUAAUGGCUCUGUACAUUAAAAAUGGUGUGAAGUCAUCACUGCGGGCUUUUUAAAGCGUUUUGGGAGUGAGGCAGAUCAAUUUAAAUGCCUGUCAGAAGAUCUGAUCUAGUUUUCACAUUGGUCAUCUUUGGGAGUCCUCAUAUCCAGCUGUAACAUCUUCUAUUGUCACCGCAGCCAUCAUCGAUGGCACAAACUGGAGCACUAUUCAUCUUGUACAGUGUGGUCACACUUUACACCUCUACUAAAGACACACACACACACACACACAAUAACCUUUGCCUACCCAUUGUGUGCAAUGUGAAUUAGCUCAGCUUUGCAGCAUCACCAUGUAACAUUAAACAGCAGUUUUACUGUCAUGGUCAACAUUUUUUGUGUUUAUAUGCCUUUCUAGAUGAAUAUUACACAAUAUACUGCCCAUCAGCUCUGUGACAAAAGGUCAUAUUUGCUUUUUUCUGACUUGUAGAGGUAAUAUUGACUGAAUGUUCCCUCAACCAUUUUUGUAAAAUGGAAAAAUAAAUGUCAAAUGUUUUUUAAUAAGCCAAGCCAAGUUUAUUGUGCU